ACCGCGCGCGCAAAGCCAGUUUAAUUAAUGCACUUGAGCGAGUUGGUUCGACGACGUAAUUAAAAAUAAAGAGAAAGAGCAAGCAGCAAGUUGUGCAGUGCGGUACCAAAAUGGAGCGCUAUUUGCGGUUCUACAUUAAAUUUCAUGGGUACAUUCUGGCAAUAGGAACCAUCUUCGGGGCGCUGUUCAUGGCAUUCAUCCUGUUUACCAACAGCGAUUUUCACUUUCCACUUGAGGAAUUUUAUGAUUUUCGCUUCAUGGGAAGUUCAGGCAUACUUUUCGGAAUAAUCUGGCUCGGAGUGGGGAUUUCCUUGCUGUACGGAUUGAUUAAGGAAGUGAAAAUAUUCAUCUUUCCCUUCGCUGUCAUGUACAUGCUGGAUCUGUUUCUACUGUUCCUUCGUGAUAUCAUCUUGAUCUGGCAAAACAAGCCGUGGUUUGAAAUGGUGUUUGUGAAUCCAUUCGUGAUACCCCUUACCCUGUUUGUCACCCUUCACGUCAUGCUCAGCAUUGUUGCUCUGGGGAAAUUGUUCGAGCAUGAUCCAUUGGCCCAGCCCGGAACGAACUUUGUGCGGUUCAAAACGGACGAGCAGCGUAGCAAUUCGAUUUCAGGGGCGGACGUAGGUGAUGAGGUAUCCCUUGUUGCAGAAUGAAAAUCCCCGCUCUAUACUAUGUGAUUAAAGAGUUAUUGGAUGUAAACAACUGUGUAAAUUUCUAAAAAAUACUCUAAAAGUACGUGAGACCGUCGAUAACGUUAGGAGAUAAUGAAAAUAUAUAUUAAUUGCUUACAGCUGUUA